GUGCUGGUUUUUUGCCGUCCAACAUAAACGAUGCGGAGCCUUCUCAGGUUAGCCCCACGGCUUCCUGCGCGUCCCAACGUGGCCAGAAAGUGUGCAGGGCUGCAACAAACAUCACAGCACCGACAGCAGUCGACAUCGAGAUCGUCCCCUCCGACCAGUUGGCUACCAGUACCAUUUGUGACGGAGAAUGUUGGUGGAGCACAUCAUACAACUGACCUGUUCAGUCGGCUUUUGAAGGAGCGUAUCGUCGCCGUAUAUGGUGAGGUCGAUGAUCGGAUGGCUGCUACGGUUACUGCAUCCCUGCUGUACCUCGAGGCCGACAGCGACCGCCCAAUCUCCAUGUACAUCAACUCUCCCGGUGGCUCAGUUACGGCUGGUCUCUCCAUAUACGAUUGUAUGAACUACAUUGUUCCAGAGGUUAGCACCCUCGUGCUCGGUCAAGCCGCAUCCAUGGGUAGUCUUCUGCUCGCUGGUGGCGCGCCCGGCAAGCGAUAUUGCCUCCCUCAUUCGAGUAUCAUGCUACAUCAGCCCAGCGGGGGCCAUUACGGAACCGCAGCAGACAUUGCCAUCCACGCUAAAGAAAUCCUCCGCAUCCGAGAAGUCCUCAAUAAAAUCUACGAGAAACACCUGACGGGCAAGAAGAAGCUGUCGCUAGAAGAGAUUGAGAAGCUCAUGGAGCGAGAUUUCUUCCUCAGCGCAGAGGAAGCUCUUGAGCUAGGUGUUGUCGAUGAGAUUCUGGCCAGUCGUAAAAAGGCACCCGAGCAGACUGAAGCGAGUUGAAGAACUCCGAUGUAAAAAUAUUGUGCUCAAGCUGGCCUUCAAGAUGAAGGGUCAAGAGCCAUCUUUCGGCUGUGUAACGGAUGUACACCAUCGGGAAACCAUGCAUCAGGCAUGAGGUUAGGCUUCAUGUCACUUCAGAUUACCCUCUCUACUCCCCGCUGUUGAGGGAUAUCUGCCGGCCAGAUUCUCGACUCGUUGUUCCAUCUUAGCAAUCUCCAAUUGUUCAGGGUGGCCGGGUCCCCGCGGGCUUCGAGUCAAAUGACAGCAUGCCCAGAGAGUCGGGGAAUCGCUACUACGCGCCACUCACUCCAUAGCCUUAAGAGCAGACACCGGGGGUUGCCACUGCGACCAGGGACGAGUCAAGGCAUUGUAUUAUAGGUGAGGUGACCACCACAUCAUGCUCCUCAUUCAUAUUAGGUCUAUGACAGCACGAGUAGGGAUUCUCAGAAUCCCUCACCGUCCAAUACAACAGCCACAAGAGCCUCACCGCUUCCUACCUCGAUUUUCUUGCUGCAUGGCUUUUCUCUAUUUCCUUUUCGUGACACGCCUAUGCACGGGUCGUGGGCGAAACUCAUCCCAGAAGCUGGAUAUUAAUUGGCCAUGUUUGCCACGAGCACUCGAUGCUAACAUUUUUGUGCUGAGGUUAAAUACUAUUUUCAUACAAAGCUGGACGAACCCAGCUUGACAAGGUCAGCAAGACUGAUCCGACAAGUGCUAAAUACCACCGCUGCACAGACUAGCUUUGUGUCCUGAUUCACCAGCCUG